AGUCUGAAGGCUUUAAUAAUCCAGACAACAUCGAACAGCACUCUUUCAACUUUAAAGAUGGCGGACCAGGUGUCUGCUUUUGAUAUUCUACCAGAUAACAUUAUGCUUCAUAUUCUUUCCUUCCUUUCCUGUGAAGAUUUGUGUGCCAUACGUAAUGUCAAUCAUAUGCUGAGACGUCUGUCAUCUGACAGGAGCCUUGUCUGGAAUUCGGACUUUGAAGGAUGUUACAGGACCAGUGAAGAGGCAUUUGAAAUGUACAUUCAAGUCGGUGGUCCUCGCAUUCAUUGUCUGAACCUCAGUCACUGUUACUGGCUGUCUGGACGCAGCAUCUCUAACGCCCUGAAGAGGUGUACAAAUCUCCGGGAACUUUAUAUCUUAGACAUCAGUCUAACUGCCAAGAAACUAAUCAAAAUUCUUUGUGGUCUUCCAAAUCUAGUCACUUUUGCCUUCACUGUCAUAAACAUGGAUGAGUUUGAUACAGAGUUAGAGGGCAAUAAUGCAGCUCGGCACACAAUGAUGGGUAUUAAGCAUCUCACCAUUCACUUUAAAGUGCCACUUUCCCUUAGGACUGAAGCUUCAAUAUCGGUACAAUUCCUACAGAAGAAAACCACAUUUUUCGAACAUUGUAGGGACUUGGAAAGUUUCUGUGUGUUAGGUCAUCCAAAUUUAGGGUGUGGUCUUCCAAAAUUACUACUACAACCAAAUGUAGACAAAAUUGAAAAUUUGAAAAAUGUGAAAGAGAUUUCAUUGAACUAUGCAAUAGAUCCAGCAGCUAGGAUUUUCUAUUACGGCACACUGCUUUCUGUCGCGAAACUUCAAUUGCAGAUGACCACUGUGUUGAACCCAUCUGCAAACUUUGGAAGUGAAAUAAGAUCAGACUUUUGGAAUAUUUUUUGGAAGUCACAAUAUCAGUUACAAAAUUUGAACAUUUCCGGUAUUUCUAUUCAGAAGAUCUUUACACAUGUGUUUGAUCCGGAGGUUCCAAAGCCAAACUUGCAGUACCUUAAUUUAUCGGACACAUACUUCACAUCGGAAGAAGGACCCAUCAGUAAUCUUACAUCACUCAUUGGUGUCUGUCCAAAUCUGAAGAGUUUGAAUUUAAGGAAUAGUCAGGUCAUCUUCACCAACCCAAGCAGAGACAUGGUGGAUGUGGCAGGAAUCUCUAGUCUGGUUUCAACAUGUCGUUGUCUGUCUGAAGUCAACCUAGGGGGGAUACAUAUGCACGACCCUGAUGUCAUGUCUCGGGUGUCCCAGCUGUUAGCCAGCUGUCAAGGUUUAAAGUCAUUAGCUGUUUCGUGCUGUUGCUGUAGUUAUCAAAGUGCCAAAUGUAAAGGGUUAUCAGGCUCUGUUGGAGCAGGCCCACCACCGAAGAGACAGAGAACCGGUGUCAGUAGUACAGCUAUGGUAUUGCCCUCUACCUCAAGUCAUUGUGGUAAUGUUGACACUGACCACUGUGCAGACCUUGAGACUGGAGGUCUAGAAUCCUUGGUCAAAGGCUGUCCGAGGAUGGUCAAGUUUGAACUGGUCAAUGCUGGUCUUACCCGACCGGUGAUCCACCGAGGUCAUAAUGGACUGAUGCCAAAGUUAUGUCUGUACAAGCCAUGUUCCGAAUCAGCUGCUCUCAAUGAUCAGAGAUUGUUUUGUAUCCAUAAAUGGAAACACCUCAAAUACCUCCAGUUAGCAGGGCUUCCAGGUAUCAUGACAGGAUCAUGUCUGGUUGCCAUAGCAACAGGCUGUCACUUCCUAGAACGUCUCCAUAUUGCUUACAUAGGACUGAUGGGACACCCAAACUUUGCUCGCCAACUUUGCCAGGCUUUGCCAGAAUUCAAAGCUCUUAAAGACCUCAGGGUAGAACAUGGAUACAUAUCUGUUGACUCCCAUCUCUGUAAAGCUGCUCAGUCGUGUAAGACAUUACAACGUCUGUGUGUCAUAUCCGGGGGAGGAACAUUGGACUCCGCCUCAGUAAUAUCCCUCGUUGCCAAUCGCCCAUCCCUCAUUGCUUUACAGCUGUUUACAGAAGUGAAUAGAACACAGUGCAGACGACUCCAGAAAGCUAUUGAGGACAGGUUCAGUUCACUACGUCCUGCCCUUAGAGUGUCAAUCUGGCCACUGUUUGAUACAGAUACACCCAGUAUGAUGAACAACAUUCCGACGAAACAUCUCGAGGAACUAACCAUUUUCAGCUCCAGGGUCAGCGACAGUCCACCAAAUUGGAAGUGGUGACGACAAAAUCAAAAAUCCAAGUGACGUUGUCAGGAAGCAAUAAACAUCCCGAUCUUAUUUGGUGACCUCUGACCUCUCUCACAAAUAUCAAGGCUAAGCAAUAACUACUUGAUUUGUAAAAGUUAGGUCAAAGGUCACUAUAUUGUACUAUAGUCAAGGUUACAUAUGUACCUACACAUGUGACCAACACAUAAAUUUGAGAUGUUGAACAUUUGACCUUACAGUUUGGUGAAAAGGUCAAUUUUCUUAUAACAAUAAGCAGCUGAUAUUUUGAUGAUGCUGAACAAAAGUUUAUAUUAAAUGGAAAUGAUAAAUACUUAAAUUAUAAAUCAGAACUUGAAUCUACAAUAUGCCGUUGGCUGUCAUCUGCUCAUCAACAUUUGGGGAGUGUUCAGAGACUAGGACUGGAUACUGCUUUUUAAAAUGAGUUAAAAUACAGGACAGAGGGUGUGUUUUGAGGAUGUGGUUGUAUAUGAAGUUAUUUAUGAAAUAGAAAAUGCAAUUAAUGUCAUCAGUGUUAAAAUAAUAUUAAACAGUGAAAUCUUGUGAAUUUGGAAUCAAACCAAUACUGAAAUCUUCUCUGACUUUUUUCUGGUAUAUCAAAUCCAUCUACCUAUUGGUAUAAUCUGAUCACCUAUCAAUUAAAAAUGUUGGGCUGUCAAGUCCAUCUGCCUGGUGUAUUAAAUCCACAAUCAAACGAAAUGUUUGUAUAUCAAAUUCACCUAAUCAAUUAAAACUGUUGGUCUGUUAAGU